AUGACUUCAUUACAAAGUAUAGGCUGGUCUGUCCAAGAUUGGUUGGACUUCCACGCUAAUUCAAAUCCUGAUACUUCAUACAAAGCUUUAUUAGAUUUAUUACACGCACAAGAUCCAAAAGAUCCAGCAUGGAUCUCUAUAGUUGAUAAAGACAAUCUAUCACAUCAGUGGAAAAUUUUACAAAGUAAAAGUGACAAAGAACAUUUACCCUUGUACGGUGUCCCAAUUGCCGUCAAAGAUAAUAUAGAUUACAAAGGUGUUAACACUACUGCGGCUUGUCCGGCCUUUUCUUAUUCACCAUCUAAGGAUUCUACUGUUGUUUCCCUAUUGAGAGACGCAGGUUGUAUUGUUUUGGGUAAGACCAAUUUAGAUCAAUUCGCAACUGGUUUGGUUGGUACUAGAUCACCAUAUGGUAAAACACCAUGUGUUUUCAGUGAUAAACAUAUUUCUGGAGGAUCUUCUGCAGGCAGUUCUUCAGUUGUUGGUAGAGGUAUUGUUCCUAUCGCUUUGGGUACCGAUACCGCUGGUAGUGGUAGAGUUCCAGCCGCUUUAAAUAACUUAAUUGGUCUAAAACCAACCAGAGGUGUCUUUUCGUGCAGUGGUGUUGUUCCAGCUUGCAAAUCUUUAGAUUGUGUUUCCAUCUUUGCUAUGAACUUAAGUGAUGCAGAAAGGUGUUUUAAAGUCAUGGCAAAGCCAGACUUUGAUCAAGAUGAAUAUUCUCGUGCUUUACCACCCAACCCAUUACAAAAAUACCCAACCACCGCAACUAUUGCUAUUCCUAAAGAACAGCCAUGGUAUGGUGAAAAGGAAAACCCAAAAUUAUACCAAAAUGCAGUUAAGAAUUUGGAAAAAACUGGUGCUAAAAUCAUUGCUGUUGAUUUUGCACCCUUAUUAGAACUGGCCCGUUGUUUGUAUGAAGGGGCUUGGGUUGCAGAACGUUAUAGUGCCACUAGGGAUUUUUACAAAAGUGAUCCACCAAGCGAUUCUUUAGAUCCAACUGUUACCGCAAUUAUUAAGAGUGCUACUAAAUUCGACGCAGCAGAUGCCUUUUUAUAUGAAUACAAAAGACAAGGUAUUCUACAAAAAGUGAAUAAAAUGAUGGAAGAUAUCGAUGUUUUAUGUGUUCCAACCUGUCCACUAAAUCCUACUUUUAAACAAGUGGCUGAUGAGCCUGUGCUGGUAAAUUCCAGACAAGGUACUUGGACAAAUUUUGUUAAUUUGGCUGAUAUGGCUGCCUUAGCUAUUCCAAGUGGUUUCCGUCCUGAUGGCUUGCCACAGGGUAUUACACUAAUUGGUAAAAAGUUUACUGAUUUUGCAUUGCUGGAUUUGGCCAAAAGGUAUUUUGAAGUUGCCUUUCCAGAUAAUUCUAGAACAUGCGGUAAAUUUAUCAACAAACCGAUAUCGAUUAGAGAUGACCAACUACAAGGUCCUUCACCUACUUUGUCCGAAUCCAUUGAAUUGGCAGUUGUUGGUGCCCAUUUGAAAGGAUUGCCCUUGCAUUGGCACUUGGAGAAAUGCAACGCUACAUAUCUGAGUAGUCCAAAGACAUCUCCAAAUUAUAGAUUGUACGCCUUACCUAAGACCGGUCCGAUUUUAAAGCCAGGCUUGAGAAGAGUUUCUGAAGAUGAAGGUGGUGCUAAGAUCCAGUUGGAAGUUUAUAGUGUUCCUAUUGAUAAAUUUGGUGAUUUUAUUGCUACGGUUCCUGAACCUUUAGGCAUUGGUUCUGUUGAAUUAGAAUCAGGUGAAUGGGUUAAAUCCUUCAUUUGCGAGGAAUUCGGUUACAAGCAACAUGGAACUGUCGAUAUAACCCAAUUGGGCGGUUUUAAGCCAUAUGUGGAACAGUUGAAAAGAUUAGAGGACAGUCAAGGAAGCAAAAAACCAUUUAAAACAGUUUUGGUUGCUAAUAGAGGUGAAAUUGCGGUCCGUAUCAUGAAAACUCUGAAGAAAUUGAACAUUACCUCGGUUGCUGUUUAUUCUGACCCAGAUAAAUAUUCUCAACACGUUACCAUGGCAGAUAUUUCCGUCCCAUUACAUGGCACUACGGCUGCUGAAACAUAUUUAGAUGUUGAUAAAAUUAUCAAUGCAGCCAAAGAAACUGGGACUGAAGCUAUUAUUCCGGGAUAUGGGUUUUUGUCUGAAAACGCUGACUUUAGCGAUAGAUGUGUUGAAGAAGGUAUUGUUUUCGUGGGUCCCAGCGGCGAAGCCAUUAGAAAGUUAGGUUUGAAACAUUCUGCCAGAGAAAUUGCUGAAAAAGCCAAUGUUCCGCUAGUUCCAGGAUCUGGUUUAGUUGGAUCAGCCAAAGAAGCCAAAGAAAUCGCUGCAAAGUUAGAAUAUCCUGUUAUGGUCAAGUCUACUGCUGGUGGUGGUGGUAUUGGUUUGCAAAAAGUUGAUUCCGAAGCUGAUAUUGAACGUGUUUUUGAGACAGUGCAACAUCAAGGCAAAUCCUAUUUUGGUGAUUCUGGUGUGUUUUUGGAAAGAUUUGUGGAAAACGCUAGACACGUUGAAAUUCAAAUGCUCGGUGAUGGUAAGGGUAAUGCGAUUGCUAUUGGUGAACGUGACUGCUCUUUACAACGUCGUAAUCAAAAGGUUAUUGAAGAGACACCAGCACCAAAUUUGCCCGAAACUACCAGAAACAAAAUGAGGGCAGCUGCCGAAAAUUUGGCUUCUCUACUAAAAUAUAAAUGCGCUGGUACUGUUGAAUUUAUAUAUGACGAGAAGAGAGAUGAAUUUUACUUUUUGGAAGUGAAUGCAAGAUUGCAAGUUGAACAUCCGAUUACUGAAGCGGUCACUGGUUUAGAUUUAGUCGAAUGGAUGCUAAGGAUCGCUGCUGAUGAUCCUCCUGACUUUGAUCACGAUAAAAUCACAGUUACUGGUGCUUCUAUGGAAGCUCGUUUAUAUGCUGAAAAUCCAGUGAAAGAUUUCAGACCAUCACCAGGCCAAUUAACCGACGUUGUUUUCCCAGAAUGGGCUAGAGUCGACACAUGGGUUUCCAAGGGAACAACCAUUUCCGCCGAGUAUGAUCCAACCUUGGCCAAGAUUAUCGUCCAUGGUAAAGAUCGUGCUGAAGCUUUGAUGAAGUUAAACAAGGCUUUGAAUGAAACUUCUAUAUAUGGUUGUAUUACAAAUAUCGAUUACUUGAGGUCCAUUGCCUCUUCAGAAAUGUUUCAAAAUGCAAAGAUGCAUACUAAGAUUUUAGAUUCUUAUGUUUAUAAGCCAAAAGCCCUUGAAAUAACUUCCCCUGGUGCUUAUACUACUGUUCAAGACUAUCCUGGUAGAACUGGCUAUUGGAGAAUUGGUGUUCCACCCUCUGGUCCAAUGGAUGCUUACUCCUUUAGAUUAUCUAAUAGAAUUGUUGGUAACCAUUACAAGGCCCCUGCUAUCGAAAUUACUCUAAAUGGUCCUAAGAUUUUGUUUCACACUGAGACCGUCAUUGCAAUUACUGGUGGUUCUGUUCCAUGUACUUUAAACGAACAACCUAUCGAUCAAUUCAAACCAAUAAAUGUUAAAGGUGGAGAUACUUUGGCGAUUGGGAAAUUAUCCACCGGUUGUAGAGCCUAUUUGGCCAUUAGAUCAGGUAUUGAUGUUCCAGAGUACUUGGGCUCCAGAUCGACUUUUGCAUUGGGUAACAUGGGUGGUUAUAAUGGUAGGGUUUUAAAAUUGGGAGAUGUAUUAUUUUUGAAUAAACCAGAGUUGGAGUCAUCUACGUUACCAGGUCCCGUGUACCCACCACAGUGUGCCCCUGAAAAUGUAAUUCCGGUUAUUUCUGAAACUAAGGAAUGGACAAUUGGUGUUACCUGUGGUCCACAUGGCUCUCCAGAUUUUUUCAAGCCUGAAUCUAUUGAACAAUUCUUCAAUGACAAAUGGAAGGUUCACUACAAUUCUAAUAGGUUUGGUGUCAGAUUAAUUGGGCCAAAACCAAUUUGGGCCAGACCAGAUGGUGGUGAAGCGGGAUUACAUCCUUCAAAUCAACAUGAUUAUGUUUAUUCGAUGGGUGCUAUAAAUUUUACUGGUGAUGAGCCUGUUAUCAUCACUUGUGAUGGUCCAUCUUUGGGUGGGUUCGUUUGCCAAGCUGUUGUCCCUGAAGCUGAGUUGUGGAAAGUUGGUCAAGUUAAACCAGGUGAUUUUAUCAAGUUUGUUCCAUUGUCUUAUGAGUCUGCACGUGUUUUAAAGGAAUCCCAGGAUAAAUCUAUUGAGUCAUUUACAACACCUUUAAUUGAACUAAACGAAAAAUUAAUUUUACCUAAAUUUGAAUCUCCUGUAUUAGUUGCUUUACCAAAGAAAUCUGAUUUAACUCCAAAAACUGUUUACAGACAGGCUGGUGAUCGUUACAUUUUGUUAGAGUAUGGUGAUUUGGAAAUGAGCUUCAACUACGCUUAUAGAAUCAACCGUUUGAUCAAUAUGGUUGAGAAGCAUAAGACGAUUGGUAUUGUUGAAAUGUCACAAGGUGUUAGAUCUGUAUUAAUUGAAUUUGAUGGAUACAAAAUUUCACAAAAAGACCUUUUAAAGACGCUAACAGCUUAUGAAGCAGAAAUUUCCUUUGAUAAGAAUUGGUGUAUAAAGUCCAAGAUUUUCAGAUUACCAAUGGCCUUUGAAGACUCCCAAACUUUGGAUUGUGUCAAACGUUAUCAAGAAACUAUUCGUUCGAAAGCGCCAUGGUUACCAAAUAAUGUGGAUUUUAUUGCUGAUGUCAAUGAUAUAUCACGUAAAGAUGUGGAAAAUAUGCUAUAUACUGCUAGAUUUAUGGUUCUAGGUCUAGGAGACGUCUUUUUGGGUGCUCCAUGUGCUGUUCCAUUGGAUCCACGCCAAAGAUUUUUAGGUACUAAGUACAACCCAUCAAGAACUUUUACACCAAAUGGUACAGUUGGUAUUGGUGGUAUGUAUAUGUGUAUUUAUACCAUGGAACAAGGUUCGCCUGGUGGUUAUUGUUUGGUAGGCAGAACAAUUCCAAUCUGGGAUAAACUAAUGUUAGGUUCUCAUUCAACAGAAAAUCCGUGGUUAUUGAGUCCAUUUGAUCAAGUUGAAUUUUAUCCGGUUUCAGAAGCUGAAUUGGAUAAAUUUUCUGAACAAACUAAGAACGGUGAAUUUAAGGUUUGUGUUGAGGAAAGUUGUUUUGAUCAUAAGAGCUAUUUAGAGUGGAUUGAUGAAAACAUUGAUAGUAUUACUGCUUUCCAAGAGGGCCAAAAAGGUGAAAAAGCGGAAGAAUUUGCGAAAUUGAUCCAAGUUUCAAAUGCUGAAUUGGAAGAAUCAGCCGCUUCUAAUGUUGACAAUCGUGCGGUUGACUAUCCUGAAGAUGCGGAAAUGGUUUAUUCAGAAUAUUCUGGGCGUUUCUGGAAACCAUUGGUCAGUGAGGGAGAGUCGGUUAAGAAGGGUGACUCUUUAAUUGUUAUUGAGGCUAUGAAAACCGAAAUGGUUGUUAGCUCUCCAAUUGCCGGGAAAGUUUUAAAGAUUUUACAUAAAAACGGUGAUAUGGUUGAAGCUGGUGAUUUGGUUGUAGUUGUUCAAUAA